AUGGAUUCAUCUCCCCAUACACCUCCUACUCCCCCCUCUCCUGGACCACCGGAUACCGAGCUACUCGCCCCUUCUCCCCUCUUCUCCACAAUCCCCAACAUCCCAACAUCCCAACCACUCGCCUCUUCAUUCCCCACUUCAUCCCUCCCCCCUCCACCCCUCAACACCCCCUCCAGCCCACCCCCUUCUACCUCACCCAGCUAUACCUCUCCCGCCCCCCCACAAUCCCCAAUCCUUUUCCACACCCCUCUUCCCCCACUCCUCACUUUCUCUCCCGCACACCCCUCUCCAAACUCGCGCCCUACUUCCUCCGUUUCUGCAACGCGGUCUUGCUCCUCUGGAGCACCAUCCCUUUGGUUAUUUUCUAUAUCCUCGCGAUGCUACGUCCGUAUUAUCGGGGUUUGGGGAGGAUGA